GAAAACCGCCUUCUCUCUCUCUCUCUCUAGCGAGUCGCUCUCUUCUUUUAGGUGAUGAUUCUGCAUCGUUUUCAAUGAAGUUUAUAGCCGAUAUUUCAGGCGAUGCGUAACAACCCAUCUUUGGACCGAGCAUUCCUCUUCUCAAUCCCUCCGCUUCCACCGCGUACCUUCCCUCUCUACCUCUCUCUCUCUCCAUACAUUUUCCUCUUCCUUUUGGGCGUUCCGCGCGUUCGUGGGUGUUGGUGGAUGAUUACUGGAUUUGGUUCGCGCGUCGUGGGUCCGCGGAGGAGAUUAGUUUUCGUGGCGGCUGUGUUGUUGUUGUUGUUGUUGUUGUCGUCUCUUCUCCAUCAUGACCGCCGGUGGUCAUCCCCUUAUCUCCGUUCAUCCGGACGAGCUCAAAUUCAACUUUGAGCUGGAAAAGCAAAGCUACUGUGAUCUUAAAGUCGUAAACAACACAGAACACCAUGUCGCUUUUAAGGUUAAAACAACUUCUCCUAAGAAAUAUUUUGUACGACCUAACACCAAUGUUAUACAGCCCUGGGAUGCAUGUUUCAUAAGAGUCACUCUCCAAGCUCAACAGGAAUAUCCCCCUGACAUGCAAUGCAAAGACAAAUUUCUCCUGCAGAGUACAAUAGUGCCACCAAACUCAGAUGUUGAUGACCUGUCUCCAGAUACUUUCAAUAAGGAUGGAGGAAAAACAGUAGAGGAAUGCAAGCUGAGAGUUGUAUAUGUUUCUCCUAACACAGGUCAAGAUAAUUUGGAAGACAAUACGCUGAAGAGCUCCAGACAAAGUUUUGAUGACUCCACUAAUCAGUCUGUGCAGCAACUGAAGGACGAGAGAGAUGCAGCUGUUCGGCAAACACAGCUCUUGCGGCAGGAAUUGGAUAUGCUGAGGAGACGAAGGCAUCGGAAAAGUGACCCAGGCUUCUCCCUCAAAUUCGCACUCCUCGUAGCUCUCAUUGGAAUCAUGGUUGGAUUCCUUUUAAACCUAUCGCUGUCUUCACCGUCGGCAGAAUAACUUCCCUCGAAAGAAAGUAUCGAUGUCCUUGUAAAAUUUUGCUGGCUCUGCUUGGAAGCAAGUUUUCCCCAUGCUUUUCCAUUUUGUACAUUCUAGCAUUAUACAUUCGUGUCUUAGAGGCUCCUUUGUCAGCUAUGUCCUGGAGAAUAUCUGGUAUUAGUUUGGGUUCGCACCCAUCGAACGAUCAUCUUUCGAGCUUGUCGAAUGGCGUGAGAGCGGAGUUUAUGAAUAAUUAUUUGGUUAAGUAA